AUUGAUUCUCAGAACAGUACACCCAAAGAGGAACUGCUGAGCAUGUGGGGAGAGCGACUAACUUGCGAAAAGGACGUUUGGGGUGUGUUCGAGCGUUUCAUCAGUGGAGAGAUAAACGAACAUGGAGUAAAGGUGACAACUAUGCCAUGGUCUGACGCGGAACUUGAGCCAGAGACAUUCCUGCUCAAGGACAAACUGGCAGAGCUGAAUAGAAAGGGCAUUCUCACCAUCAAUUCCCAG